UUCUGGGGGUAUUCAGGCGUUUGCUGAGAAUGGUUCUUCAGCUCAGAUUAUUUGAUGUGGCAUUCAUUUGGGCGACGGAAAAGCAAUCUACAGGUUUAUCUCCCGUGCUUGUGUCCUCCUCAGGAAGGCAUCAAGGUGGUGGAUUAGGUAGGCAACCUAGUCAAAGUUGUCAUGCAGAAGCUGUAUCUCUGAAAAAUGGAGGACUCAAUGAAUCUGGUUCUACCAGUUCAGGAGCCGUUCAUGUUAAUAAUAUCAGCCAAAGGAUGGAGAAAGACACUUCAAAGUGGCAGUUAAAAGGAAAAAGGAAUUCAAGACAUAUCAGUAAAAACAGAAAACAGGACAGGAGAAAAUAUAUGGUCAUGGACAUGGAUAAUGAACCUGCUCCAUAUUUGGCUGGUAUAGAGCACUCAGAUGGAUUCUUUCCUGUUUCUGAUCAGAGAGUAGAUUGUGAUGGCAGUAGAAGGUCCCUUGCGUCAUUUAACUGCAAGGUAGACGGGGUUCGGGAUUGGAGCAAAUCUUUUUCUCACAGGGAUAUGAGAGGAGCAAUUGGGGACGUGUCUUUACCCCCUCAAAGAUCGCUUCCCUAUCGCCAGUCACGUUUUACUGUUAACUCCAGAUAUCAGACCUCAGAUUUUCCAGGCAGAACUAUUACUGAUAGUAAACUUUAUGAUGUUAAGCUUGAGGUAAAAGCAAACUACCAGCCACAGAAUGUCCCAUUGGUUUCCCUCAUGAGCAAAUUGAAUGGAAAAGCAAUUAUUGGUCGACCUCUAACAGUUGAAUGUGUAGAUGAUGGCUUUUGCGAUCUUAUUAUCCGCAGUAAUGAAUGUGAUCCAACUCGUGCAUCUGCCCUGGACGCUGCUGAACUGGGGCAUGCAGCAAUGCGAAAUUCAGAUGCUGGAAGAAUUCCUGCCAAGCAUAUGACAAUGCAGGCACGUUUCUCACCGAGUAAAUCGCCAAAAAGGAAAUGUGUGCUUUUGCCCAAAAAGAUUAGGAAACUAUCUACAUUGACCGGUAAUAAAGAAGAAUAUAGGAAACCAGUGGUGGAGAAACUUAAGGGUCCUGUUAUAGCUUGUAUCCCUCUCAAAUUAGUGUUCAGUAGGAUAAAUGAGGCAGUGAACGGUUCAGCAAGACAAACAAACCGUGCCCUAACGUCAAGCAACUCAUGAAUUUACCUACGAAUUUUGCUUAUAUUGGUGUUCUGGGAAUUUUUAUUUGCUUGGGUAUAUCAAGCUCUCCGAACCAUGCUGGGCGAGUGGCAAUUUGUAUUCAGUCCUGAAGGUAGAAUCCCUAUGUACCAUUCCGUGGCCAUUUCGAUGUUGACUUGUUGUAGAGAAGGAACUGUAGGAGUAAGAUUGGAUGGUGGCUGCUUUGGCUCUGUAUAUAAUGUAACAAUAGUUGAGGUGUAAAGAUGAUCUGGUAUUAGGUACUUGUGGCCUGAUAUUAGGUUGAAUUUUAUGAAUUGAGGUUGGCUCAUGUCAUGGGGGGCGCUAAUAACUUAAAAAAGUUUUCAGUGACUGAUUCCAGGCCGUUUUUUCAUUGUUUCAUUGCUUGAAAGUUCUAAUAUAAUGCUGAUGGUAAUAUAUGAUACUGCAAGCCUUUGACUA